GCUGGGGGCGGGGGGAUGGUGAGUCGGGGAUAAACACUCCGCGGCGGUGGCGGCUGCUGCUCUGUCAGGGUUCUGUCACGGUGUCGGUGGUGCCCGGCUCCCUGGUCCCCUCCCCCUCCCGGCGAGCGUGGUAGCCAGAGAGGCUCCCUCAGCCCUGCUCCGCGGGGUCCACGGCGGGGCGCGGGUGUCCGGCGGCGGCAGCGGCGAGCCCGUGGGCAGUGGGGGUUGGUCCCGUGGCUCCGGCCCCCGGGUGCAGAAUGGCGGCGGCGGUUCGGAUGAACAUCCAGAUGCUGCUGGAGGCGGCCGACUAUCUGGAGCGGCGAGAGAGAGAAGCUGAACAUGGUUAUGCCUCCAUGUUACCAUACAAUAACAAGGACAGAGAUGCCUUGAAACGGAGGAACAAAUCCAAGAAGAACAACAGCAGUAACAGGUCAACUCACAAUGAAAUGGAGAAGAAUAGACGGGCUCAUCUUCGCUUGUGCCUGGAGAAGCUCAAGGGGCUGGUACCACUUGGGCCCGAAUCGAAUCGACAUACUACUUUGAGUUUAUUAACAAAAGCCAAAUUGCACAUAAAGAAACUUGAAGAUUGCGAUAGAAAAGCUGUUCACCAAAUAGACCAGCUGCAGCGGGAGCAGCGACACCUGAAGAGACAGCUGGAGAAGCUGGGCAUCGAGAGGAUCCGCAUGGACAGCAUUGGUUCCACCGUCUCCUCCGAGCGCUCUGACUCCGACCGGGAGGAAAUUGAUGUGGAUGUGGAAAGCACAGACUAUCUCACAGGUGACCUGGACUGGAGCAGCAGCAGUGUGAGUGAUUCCGACGAGCGGGGCAGCAUGCAGAGCCUCGGCAGUGACGAGGGCUACUCCAGCUCCAGCGUCAAGAGGAUAAAGCUGCAGGACAGCCGCGACGUGUGUCUGGGGCUAUGAGAGAGUAGUCGCUGCAGCUGCCCCCCCUCAGGGGUUCUCCCUGCCAGCUCUGAUUAGGUAGUGUAUUGGACCUGCCCGCCUCGCCCUUGCACAUCACCAUCCGGGUACCCCACCUUUACCCAAAUCAGCUGGGUCACAGUUCCCAAGGAAGGGCUUAGGCCUGCAGGCAUCAGAGGGCACCUACUAGCUUCUCUCUCUCUCCGUCAAAAUUCGUCUCUGAGAGACUGUACAUUCCAACCCGCCUGAAGCACCCAAGCCUCUUUAGACCAAGGAAGCAGUUUUCACAUCUCAGCAACCUUCCCGCUCUCCUUUCCUCUCCUCGUGUAGUCUACGUCUCUGGAAAGCUUCCUGGCUUGCUAUGUUACCUGCUUAAGAGAAACGUCUCAGUGUGUCUUGUGCUUAGGGAACUGAAGGAAGCAAACUUUUCAAGUGGAGAUCCUGCUCUCAGAACUCCAGUCAGCUCUGGCAGCGGCAUUCAGGAGCACCUGCCUGCGGACCUCGCCCCGCUGAGGCAGCCAGGAAUACCUCCAGCAAACAGCCCCUUCUCACACCACCCAGGCCCACGGCGCCCACGCGCACCCCGCCUCGCUCUGCGUGGAUGGGAGCAGUAUUUCUUGCUUGACAGCGGAUCUCUGGGCUUGCACAGCCAAUGGAAGCUCCACCGCUGUUUGUUCUCCCAAGCGGAACGGUACAGUCUGUGUGCGGUGUCUGUGGGGCUGCACUGGGUACUGCUGUCUCGAGGCACAUUUUCCCCUCAAAGUUUGUCAAUGCUACUUGUCUCUGGAACAUUUUUUUUUCCUACCUCAGAGAUAAAUGAGAUCUCCAUUUCCCACUUAACACAAAGUGAUUAUGCCUCUUUUUUUUUUUCUCUCCUCACCUCUCCCCCGCCAAAUAAAUGACAUUUGGUCCAGGCCUAAUCUAUUUUCCUAUUUAACUUUCAGCAAUAACUGAGUUUUGGCACUAGCUGAGCUGGUGGCCAUCAUCAGUGAAGGAAAAAAGUCACAUUUCUACUCUGUGUGCUGCAGGUGAACAGAAGGGGAGGUACAGUGUUACUAGCCUCCCACUCCUUAUUUUUGGAUACACCCAGAAACUUCUUUAUGGAGGCUUUUGGGCUGAUAGUUUAAAGGCUGAAUUUUCUUUUUAGCUAUGAUUUUUCCCUGAAAGUGGGCUCCCACUUUGUAGCAUUUUUAUUUAAGCUAAAACAGAGCACAUGUAUAUGUACAUAAGACAUUAAAUCUAUAAAUACUAUUUAUUCAUUUUAUAUAAACUAAUGUAAUGGAAAAUAAAUUCUUAUGACUUUGUGCUUUUAUAGAUGUUCUAGAAACUUUGUAUGUAGGUAUCUACAAAAUUGGUUCAUUCCCCUCAAUAUUUUUGCAUUCAUAUUUUUGAGGUCUUGAUGCUUUCAGCCUCUGGCAAAUCUUUUUCAUUGAAUUUGAACCAUUUGUAAAACCGGUGAUGGUGAAACCGUAUGUGUAGAGUGUCACAAAGGAUGGAGCAUUCUGAGAAUCCACAGAUGCACUGCGACCCAAGGGCUCAGGGGCUGACCCGCAGUGGGCCCUCACCGGGCUCGCCCUUGCUGGCCUGCAGUCACUGGCACAACACAGCCUCGCGGCUCAGCCAGCACCCCACCUGCCACACCACUGAGGUCAGAGUUCAAAUGCACUCUCUAUGGAAGUCCAUUCAAUCCAAACAAAACAAGAUUACUUUUGUGGGACUUUUCAAAAAAAUAAUUCUUUAAUGUUUUACAUUUUUCUUUAAUUAGAAGUAGCAUAUUUCUAACCAAUCUGUGACUUUUUUUUUUUUUUGCUUUUGUUUUGUUCUGAUUUUUCUUCCUUUUGGCUUUGGGUGGGGGGAGGGACAAGGGACACAAAAGAUUUUUGUUGUUGUUGUUGGAAUCUUUUUUGAUUACCAGCUGAAGAUUUGCACUGAAAUACAACUUGUAUGCCUUUUGCAUUUUGAAAGCCUGCUUCCUUGAGUUUAAGCAGAGUGAUAAUGUUCACAAGCCAGCUCCACCUGUAACACAUUGGGAAAAUAAGUAUCUGCACUUUGAGGUCCCUUUCGAAUGCCAUUCGCAAGACCUCUCCAUUUUGUUGACUUGCUACAUUCAAGCACCUCACAAGUCCAUGAUGCUCGAUGUUGGAUGGCAUCGAAGACUCAAGACUUUGGGGGGGAGGGGAAAAAAGCUUGUGGACUUGCACUGGGGGAGGGAAGGGAACAAAAUUUGUAUACUUGUUCGUUUCAUUUAGAAAGAAGGCAUCUGAGGGAUGCCAUUAUUUUCUGGGUUUUACUUGUUGUGCCUUUGAGUUACACUGCAUUUUUGUCUUUUGGUUGAGAUAUGAAAUGUACUGUCCCAAUAUAAAGCAGACAUGAUUCGACCUUUG